AGUCCCAGUCCGAGGUCUUCGAUUAGAAAAGUAAAUCUCACAGGACUAACAGUCGCUUUGUCUGCGUCAAUCUCCCGAUCAUCGUAUCUCCAACUCCCCCGACCAAGGGAAUUCGCGAACUGUCUUACCGUGAUUUUUAGUUCUAAUACAUGGCGGACGAGGAACCUGUCGAUCCGAAGAAGUAUCUUGAGGAAUCUUGCAAGCCUAAAUGUGUGAGGCCUUUGCUUGAAUAUCAGGCAUGUGUUAAGAGAAUUCAAGGUGAUGAGACUGGCCACAAACAUUGUACUGGACAGUACUUUGAUUACUGGUCCUGUGUUGAUAAAUGCGUUGCUCUGAAGCUGUUUUCGAAACUGAAGUAGUAGGGAUGCUGUUAGGGCACUUUCAUUUCCUGUUUUAUCUUUUGAAAUGUCAGAUCAUGGGCUCAUUUCCACUCAUCUGCGGCACCUCUUUUCGAUUUGAUCAGCAACAUUUUUUAAAUGAAAAUAAUGGAAGAUGUCUUAAAUUGAUUGCUCUGUAACUUGUAAGUUGUUGAAGGUGAUAUAUCUUGCGAGGUCAUGUUGAAAAUUUUAAA